UGUUUGCUGAACUCAACUUACACAGUUUGGGGACGUAGUCUUUGACAAAAUAUUCUUAUUUGUAUAUCCCAAUUCGGUGCCAUUCAAACUUGUUAUUUUCUAAAUUCUUCAAAAUACUUGGUGUUUUCAGGAUUUGAUAAGGAGUAGGAGCUACCACCAGUUGUAUAAUUUAUAUGGAGUAAACUAUUAGUUCGGAUAUCAAAUGUCCGAUGAGUACUUUGAUGAACUUUUUGAUAAAGCUUUCGUGUAUAUUCACGAUGAUGAAACACUACAAAGCUCUACAUUGCGUGGAUUGCAAUGGCUAGGAGAGGCUAAAAGAUUAGAAGAAAAAGGACUUUAUAUUAAGUCUUAUGUGUUCUAUCUGAAAGCCAUCAAGUUGGCUUAUGAGAUUCCAUGCCGGUUUGAAAUCUCAGUUCAAUCCGGUGCGUACUCAGAUUUCAAGUACUUUCAAAAGCAAACGCUUGCCCUCAUUCAAAAGAUUUUUAAUUUAAAAAGUAAAUUAGCAGUGAGGCAUUAUCUACCUUGUAUACCGAUCCAGUCAGCCAAGAAACUGACUAAAGAUAAAUCAAGUAAAACCUUGUUUUUGAAUCUGUACUCUGACGAGAGCUCUAAGGAGUAUGUGCUUUCCAAAAAUACCAUACAUAUUCCCGUUUCACUGUUCUCUUCAGAAUCUAUCGCUGAAAUUGAUAUUUAUCUUAAAAAGGUCCCGUUUCUUCCAGAGGUUACUAUCUGUUAUAGCUUAGAAAAUCAUUUGGAUGAUAUUAAUGUUUCUUAUCGUAUUUAUUCUAUUCUAACGACUCUAAAAUGGAAACCACAGCUGCUCACUUCCAUGUCUGAAAAAAAAUUUCAUCAAGAUGAAAACACUCUUGAGUACUUACCUAUUGGUCUUACUAACCUUGGAAAUACGUGCUAUAUGAAUUGCGUUUUGCAAUGUCUUUUCGCAUGUGGUGAGCUCAUUUCGCCGAUGUAUCACAAGUCGCAGGCUCUUGGAGCCAUUAAUAAAGGUAAUCCUUUGGGAUCCGGAGGAAAAAUGACAGUGGCUUUUCUUUCUUUAGUAAAUGAAGUUUUUCAAAGAAAGGGAAAACGAGUUGUAUCUCCAAAGCGAUUUCUGGACGUUGUUCAGUGUUUGAACAGAGAUUUUAGUACUGACGGUCAGUGUGAUGCGCAGGAAUUUCUGAAUUUUUUACUUGAUAAACUGCACGAAGACUUGAACUGUAACGCUUCCCGUGCUCCCCUCUCUGCUCUUUCUGAUGAACAGCUUAGUGCCCGUGAAAAGUUGCCUCUUUCCUAUCUUAAUUAUGUUGACUGGAAUCUUCACGUUCGUCACAAUCUAAGUGUAGUCGAAGAAAGUUUUUCAGGACAGCUCUGCAGUCGAAUACAAUGCACAGUUUGUCAACGAACGUCUACUACAUUCGCUCCUUUUACUUCUCUUGCUAUUCCAAUUCCUAAUUUAUCUGAAUUUGUAAGCUUACACGAAUGUCUCCGACGAUUCAUGGCUUAUGAAGUUUUAGAAGGACCUAAUGCUUGGUUUUGCCCCGUGUGUCAAAGACGAAGACCCGCAAAAAAAAUGAUGAAUAUAUCUCAUUUAUCUGAUUACCUGAUAAUACAAAUACAAAGGUUUCGUAACACUGUCGUAGGUUGGAAAAAGGACGAUACUCCUCUACAAUUGAACUUUCGGAUACCCAGCAACAUGCUCAUCCCUCCUUGUUUCCAGUCAGGAAUGAAUUACGAUCAAUGUAGCUACGAUUUGUUUGCUUUUGUGAGUCAUUACGGUCAACUUGGCAAUGGUCACUAUACGUCGAACGUUUUUAGUGAAAGUCAGUGGUAUCGAAUUGAUGAUUCCAUCGUUCAAAAAGUGGAUGGCUUUGCAGCGCUUCAGCGUGAUUUUUCUUCUUCAUAUAUUCUGUUUUACAAAAAGAAAGAUGGCGUGAGUAAUUUGGAAAAAUAAAGCUAAAGGCUCGAGUUUUGUAAUAGAUGAUACGAUAUGCUUAUUUAUAACUACCUACAUUUUUGUUCUGUUGUUCUGCUUCUCACCAAAUAUUCUGAUUACUUCGUCCAUAACACUCAAGAUUAUUAUGGGUAACUUGGACGUAAAGAUCGACUUUUAUGAAAAAGAUUGAAAAUAAAUAAAAUCUUGUUCAAUUUUUAAUUUGACAUGAAAGAAAACCUAGUCCGUAACCUUUUUAGAGGAUUUGAUAUUUUGACGAGCAGAAGAUUUCUUCUUUUUGAAAGUUACUUUCGGCAGUUUUUCUUCAGUAUUAGAAUAUUUAAGUGUACUAUCUCCAGAGUUGUUCUCUGCGUCUAAGGUUUUUUGUCUAACUUCGAAAUGAAUGAAGGCUUUCUCUUCAUUCUCGACAGACUCCCUGUUUCUUUUUAACGAAGAGACUUCCUCUUUUAUUUCUGAAUGUUUCUCUUGUUCUUGUUCUUGUUUCUCCUCUUUCUCUUUUUGUAUAUUAGCUAAUUCAUUAUUUUGUUCGGCAGGACCUUGUGUUGGGGUAUAGCUAUGCGAAGAUGUCGCAUCCUGACUAGCAUCUGGAAUGUCCCAAUCAUCAAGCGUACUUUUCUUCUUUGCAGGAUGUAUUUUCAGCUUUUGUGUCUUUGGUCUUUCGUAAGAUGCUAAAGCAGAUUCAGAAGCACUACUAGAAAUUGAAGGCGGAUUUUCUUUAGUAUUACUUAGUCGCUUUAAAUUAGAUGAGUGGAUCUCAUUCAUAAACCGUUUCAGUGCAUUUCUGUGUUUAAAGCUUUGUUCAUGUUCCCGCCGAAUAAGUUGAGUAUCUGUAACAAACUGAAUAUUACGUUAGAAUACUUUCAAUAUAGCUA